UUGUCUUUUGUUUUUCCUCGAUCGAAGUAAUUAAAUGAAAUGGCCAAAGAAUUUCAGUACUGUCAAUGGCUUAAUAUUGCCGUUAGGGGAAUAUUUACCGAAAUUGAGAAGUGUUGCAGCAACAAACAAGAAGUAACCGAAGGUAUACUAGCCAGUCUUCACACUUUAUUUCCUCUGCAAUCGGUCACGGCAUUGGAUCUGAUAGACCACCGAAGCGUGUCUCUGAUGACGAGUUCUUCAGGCAAUAUUUUAUCAAAGAAAAAGCCAUGUACCUCUUCAAACAAUUUUAAAAUUUCAGGCAGAAAGAUCUAUUCCUGCCUAGGGAGCUUGGGUACACCUUAUCUCAUCUCCUAUACUGGAUUCACUUGUACAUGUCCUUCUUACCGGCACAAUCUCGACGCCGAAAACUUAUGGUGUCCACAUCUUCUGGCCGUUCAGUUAAGUAUUGCAAUGGGCAUUGUUCAACAGAAGCAAGUCACUGAAGACGUUAUGAAAACUAUGUUGAGUGAACUCGUCAUGUUUGAUGACUGAAACUCGUCCCACUCUUUUCUAGUAGAGUAUUUUUAUUUAUUUGAAUUUGUCAUUCAACCAUGUUGGAAUAUUUAAGGAAGCUUACCAGAAGAAGAAUGCAGAACUUGCAAACCAAUAAACUUCUAUUUCUGACUUCUAAUUUAUCAAAACACGUGGGACAUGAAUGAAUGAGGAUUAAGAAA